UUUUUUGAAACUUGUCUUUUUGUUCAAAUUGUCCUGUAGAGCUCUUGCUUUCUUCUGUUUCAUCUUUUUGUCAUCACUUUGGGCAGAUGAAUUAUGCACUGAGUUGGUCCCCUCCAAGUCUGCAAGAGCAUUAAUUAGGGGUGCAAAAAAAAUGUUGUGAGUGUAAAGGACAGGAUAGGACAGCAACUCUGCCCCUCCUCUGGGUUUCUAUCCAUUAUGUUUGGUUGGGUUGGAUUGAACCGGUAAAGGGUCAAUGCUUCCUAUGUGAUUCAAUGGUGGGUUUUCUUGAUGCUACCACAGAUGGGAGUUGUCUAGAGUUUGGAUUUUGGAUUUGGUUGGUCAAGGGUUUUGGGGUGGUUUUUGUGAUUCAAUGCUGGGUUUCUUGAUAUUUCUACAGAUGGGAGUCUCCUGAAGUUUGGAUCUUGGAAUUUGCUUCUUUAGGGGUUCUUGUGAGUCAAUUGUGGCUUUCUUAAUGCUUCUACAGAGGGGGUGUAGCCUAAACCCUUGAUCUUGAAUUUGGUCAUUUAGGGUUUAUGAGGUGGUUUGGCAGGGCCCCUAAAUGAAGUGAAGUGAAGUGCUUGGACUAUCCAUAAAUGUGCAACCUUUGGAUGACACUACAAGGUCGCUAGGGCAGUGCUUCUGAGAUACAGGACCCUUUUGCAAUCUAUGGUUCCUACUUCGGGCCUUCACUUGGUGGCAUUGUACAAGAUAAACCAGUUCAUGGAUAAAAGAGCAUUUAUCUACAUGAGCAUGUAGGGUGAUGAUCAAUGACCACAAAGUGGUGGGUUUUGUGACCGUGUUUUUGCAGGACCUUGUUUGAGAUUCUUUAAUCACAUCUUUCCUAGAUUCAUUCAAGAUGGCAUGCAUGAAGCUGGGAUCGAAACCUGAUGCCUUCCGGCAACAAGGGCAAUCCUGGUUCUGUACAACUGGGCUUCCAAGUGAUCUUACCGUUGAAGUUGGAGAUAUGAUGUUCCACCUCCAUAAGUUUCCUUUGCUAUCAAAGAGUGGUCUUUUAGAAAAACUAAUCAAGGAGAACUCUGACAAAGAAGAAGCAAUAAAGUUGCAUGAUGUUCCCGGUGGGGCACCAGCAUUUGAACUUGUGGUCAAGUUCUGCUAUGGUGUGAAGUUGGAACUCAAUUCAUCAAAUGUUGUGCGCUUGCGCUAUGCUUCGGAGCACCUUCAAAUGACAGAAGAGAUAGCAGAAGGCAACUUGAUUGCUCAGACAGAAAUCUUCUUUAACCAGGUUGUCCUUCGCAGCUGGAAAGAUUCGAUGAAAGCACUCCAAACAUGCAGUGAUUUCCUCCCUCAUGCUGAAAACCUUCAGCUUAGUAAGAGAUGUAUCGAUUCCUUAGCCGUUAAAGCUAGUACAGAUCCAAAUCUAUUUGGCUGGCCGAUGAUGGAGCACUGUGCCAUGCAAAGCCCUGGUGGGAGUGUGUUGUGGAAUGGGAUAAGCACAGGAGCUAGACCUACAAACUGUCGUUCAGAUUGGUGGUACGAGGAUGUCUCCUCCUUGACUUUUCCCUUGUACAAAAGGCUCAUCUCUCUGAUGAAAUCUCGGGGCAUCAGACAAGAAACAAUUGCAGGUUCUCUGACUUUCUACGCUAAACGGUAUCUUCCCGGACUGAACAGGCAUCAGAAUCUGGCACAUGGAAAUUUUGUAGCUGCACCUUCUGAAGAAGAGCAACGGCAUCUCGUCGAAGAGAUUGAUAGCUUGUUGCCUCUUCAAAAGGGUGUAGCCUCAACCAAGAUCUUGCUUGGUCUUCUUCGCACUGCCAUAAUUCUGCAAGCUCGCACGUCAUGCAUUUCUAACUUGGAGAAAAGGAUCGGGAUGCAGCUAGACCAGGCCGACCUGGAAGAUCUACUUUUCCCAACCUUUGCAUACUCCACGGAGACACUCUACAAUGUUGAUUGUGUCAAAAGAAUGCUUGAUCACUUCUUAGCCAUGGAUCAAGCUACGGGUGGAACCUCUCCUGGCUCGGUCAAUAAUGAGCAGUCAAUCGGUUCCUCAUCUUUGAUGCCAAUAACCACUGUUGCCAAGCUAAUUGAUGGUUAUCUAGCAGAGGUUGCUCCAGAUACCAACUUAAAGCUGCCAAAGUUCCAAAUGUUGGCUGCUGCCGUACCUGAUUACGCCCGACCACUCGACGACGGUCUGUACCAUGCCAUUGACAUAUACCUGAAGGCACAUCCUUGGCUCUCAGAAAACCAGAGGGAGCAGCUGUGCCGGCUGAUGGACAGCCAGAAGCUGUCACUAGAAGCUUGCACUCAUGCUGCACAGAAUGAGAGGCUCCCUCUGCGAGUCGUGGUUCAAGUCCUGUUCUUUGAGCAGCUUCAACUUCGGACGUCGGUUGCUGGAUGUUUGCUGGUGUCUGACAACCUUGAUGGCUCGCGACUGCUGAGGAGUGGAAUUGCUUGUUCGGGUGAAGCUGGAGGAUGUACACCACCAACCGCCGUUAGGGAGAACAAGGAUCUGAAGGUGGGCAUGGAUUACAUGAGGAUGAGAGUAUCUGAGCUCGAAAAGGAAUGCACAACUAUGAAGCAAGAAAUCAAGAAGUUAGGUCGGGGAAGGAGUCGAUGGAGCAGCAUUUCGAAGAAGCUUGGUUUCAGGAUGAAGAUGCCGCUAUGCAGUGCCCACGAGGAUUCUGUAAGUGACCAGCAGAAGAGUAAAGUUGGGAAGAUUCACAAGUUGCAGGCUGUAAUCACAAAACAGAAGCAGCUGUUACUUGCAGAUGCUUCUUGUCAUCCUUCUUAAUUGUGUGACAUUGUUGUGUCCUUAUGUCUGAUUUCUAUUUCAGUAGGCACUUUCAACACAUCAUAUACUUUCUUCUUGUGCAGAAUCCAUCUCAAGCUUUUGCCCCAAGUCACUUGUUCGACCUGUAAAAUGAGAUCAUGGUGUUUGGAAUAUGCUCAUGACUCUUGCAAUCAUCAUGGCAACUGAAUCAAUUGCUGAUCACAGACAACACCAAGGCACCGUAAAACCUAGUAAGAUUUCACAUGUUUAAUCUAAAAAGAUUUCAGAUAUUUAACCAUGAAGGUCGAAGAAAACUAAUCCGUUAUUACAAAAAAUUGCAAACAUCAUCAUCCUUCUACUCCCAAUAAAUUAAAAUUCUCAUGAAAAUUAGG